UCAAGUUCGUCCAAAAAAAAUGGAUUGUUCGUUCAAUAAAUUUCUGAGAAUGACUGUCUCGUAUUAUGCCAGCCAGUUCCAGUUUCAUAAGUUAUCUGAACAUGGGUAUUCUCACGUAUUAUCUCACAGAGACAUUUCUGUGGUUGGGCAAUUCAUCAUGGACUAGUGUGUUUUUAAUCUGCGUUGCAGGGGCGAUUACGGUACUCUAUGUUUAUUCAAGAAUACCCACAUGGAAAUUGCCCAACAUUCCCAGUCCCCCUGAAUCAUGGCUGUUUGGCCAUUUGCCUCUCAUUGCCAAGGGUGGGCCUGAUGUUUUUAUUAGCUUGGCUGGCAAAUAUGGUCCAAUCUAUAGGUUUAACUUUGGAAGGCAGCCAUUAGUGAUAGUAGCAGAUGCAGAGUUGUGUAGAGAGGCAGGGAUUAAGAAAUUCAAAUUUCUGUCAAAUAGAAGUAUUCCCUCACCCAUUGCUGCUUCUCCUCUCCAUCAGAAGGGACUAUUUUUUACCAGGGACUCGAGAUGGUCAUCAAUGCGUGGCACGAUCCAACCCCUGUACCAACCCAGCCGAAUAGCCAAUCAAGUACCCCUCAUGGAACGCACAAUCUGCAUCCUCAAAGACCAUCUCUCCACCAAAGAUGAAAAAGAAGACAUAAAUUUCUCAGAGCUCCUCCUGAAGGUCGCUACAGACAUCAUCGGAGAUGCAGCAUUUGGCGAGAGGUUCGAUCUCACACAAUCCACUUCAAAAUCCACGUUCACACAUCCAGUACAAGAGGAAGUCUCAGAAUUUGUGAAGCAGCACGUCUAUUCCACAACAUCUCUGAAGAUGGACCUCACUGGCACCUUCAGUAUAAUAAUGGGGAUCUUGUUCCCAAUUGUACAGGAGCCCUUUCGACAAAUCCUCAGUCGAAUCCCAGGAACAGGGGAUUGGAAGGUUGAACAGAACAACCGCAAGCUUACAGACAGAUUGAAUGCCAUUGUGGCCAAGAGAAGUAUGGAUUUGGGGUUGGAAUCCAGAACGGAUUUUCUUUCCUCGGUGCUGAAUGCAAGGGAGUCGAGUAAAGAUGUCAGAAAUUUGUUUAGCCCAGAUUAUAUAAGCUCUCUCACUUAUGAACAUCUUUUGGCGGGCUCAGCUACAACUUCGUUUACUUUAUCGAUGGUGUUAUAUCUGGUUUCUGCACACCCUCAUGUCGAGAAAAAAUUGCUUCAAGAAAUCGAUGCUUUUGGGCCCCCAGGCAGAAAUCCCACUGCUGAAGACCUUGACAAAUUUCCUUAUCUUACUCAGGUAAUAAAGGAGGCUAUGCGUUACUACACUGUAUCUCCUCUAGUUGCACGAGAGGCUAAUGAAGAUGUUGAGAUAGGAGGGUACUUAUUGCCUAAGGGAACAUGGGUAUGGUUGGCCUUAAAUGCACCAGCGAAAGAUCCUAUCCAUUUUCCAAAUCCUGAAACAUUCAAGCCAGAGAGAUUUGAUCUUGAAUGCGAAGAAGAAAAAAAGAGGCAUCCAUAUGCUAACAUACCUUUUGGGAUUGGACCUCGUGCCUGCAUUGGAAUGAGAUUUUCCCUACAAGAGAUUAAACUAGCAUUAAUUCAUCUAUAUCAAUUGUUUACAUUUGAGCAUUCUCCAUUGAUGGAAAAACCCUUAGCAUUUCAGUAUGGAAUAGUGCUUUCUCCCAAGUAUGGAGUCAAGCUUCGAGUCCAACAUAGGAGAACUCACAAGACAAUUUUUCAGUAAAAAAAAAUAUAUAUUUUACUAUUAACUAGUAAGUAUAAAAAUAGGUGCAUUAGUCUAAAAUUUUCCCUAUCUUCUUAAUAAAAAACAUGUGUCUCAUUGUUGAUUUGAUUUUUUUUUUUGUCCAAGGGGUUGUGUUCUAUUGGUUAAAGCAUUGAGUUCUCAUUAUGGAGAUCAAAGUUCACAUCCCAAAUGGACAUUUACUAUGGAAUUCAAAGUUGUGACUCUUAGUCUUCCAUGGUUGGCUUCUACGUGGUUUCUAAUAAGUGCAAUCUAAUUUGUGACUCUUGGUCUUCCAUAGGUUGAUUCUAGUGUGGUUGUUGAUUCUAGUGUGGUUGCUCAAAAUGAGCUUGUAUUAGUGUUAUGGUUGUGGUUGCUCGAUAUGACCAAAUAUUAGUGUCAUGUAAUGGUCUCAAGUUGAUGCUCAUAUGAGCAAAAUAUUUGUAAACAAUUUGGAAUAUAAAAAAAAAUUGAUA